AUGGUGCUCGUGUUUCAAGGCUGGAUCGGCUACCUUGGCGACUGCUACCGGCUGUACGCUUCUUCUGCUAUCGCUGCCACCGUGAUCGGGCGCUCGCUGUCUGGUGCUACUAUUCCACUCUGCACGCACCAGCUGCACGAAAAGCUCGGCGGCAUGGCGUAUCUGUACACGAUGCUGGCUGGUCUGGUGCUGCUCACCACUCCGAUCCCCUUUGUUGUGCUUCGAUACGGCGAGAGGCUGCGUGCCCGAUCCAUGUACAAGCCAGCCGCAGGCUGA